GUCAGACAAAAGACCAAUCACUAACACUCAAAUACUCAAUAUAUAUAAAGACACAAACACUCUACACAUUGCAAAACAAAAACAAUUUGACCAUUUUCAUCUUCAAACAAUGGCGGUUUCAAAGCUUACAUUGGCUGCUACGAGCGGUAAGAGCUGCAAAAUACUCUUAGGGCUGAGAUUACUUGCCUUCUCAGCCACGUUAUCUGCAGCUAUUGUAAUGGGACUCAACAAAGAGACAAAGACUUUUAUUGUGGGCAAAGUUGGAAAUACUCCAAUUCAAGCUACUUUUACUGCUAAGUUCGACCACACACCAGCUUUUGUGUUUUUCGUAGUAGCUAAUGCAAUGGUGAGCUUCCACAACUUGUUGAUGAUUGCUCUUCAGAUAUUUGGAGGGAAAAUGGAGUUCACUGGUUUUCGGCUUCUCUCAGUCGCCAUUCUUGACAUGCUAAAUGUGACUCUAAUUUCGGCGGCAGCAAACGCGGCGGCGUUCAUGGCGGAGGUAGGAAAGAACGGGAACAAACACGCGAGAUGGGACAAAAUCUGUGAUAGAUUCGCCACUUACUGUGAUCACGGCGCCGGAGCAUUAAUCGCCGCAUUCGCCGGCGUAAUCCUUAUGCUCAUCAUCUCCGCCGCGUCAAUCUCUCGUCUCGUCCAACCUAAUAAAUGCUGCUCCACCACCGCAUCUCCCUCGGUCGUCCCCUGAAAACAUACACACGUGUCUCGUUCCCCUGUUGUUUUCUUUUUCUUUUCUUACUUCUUUGUUUCUUCUUGAGUGUGUGGUGUGUAUCUCGAGUGAAUGUGAUUGAUCAGAUUGUGUAAGCAUUUGGCUCGUCUCUUCUUUGUAAAACCUUCUUCUUAUGGUUUAUUCUUAAAACAAUUCUCACGACUAGGGUUAGGUUACUAAAAUAUCCAUUACCUAUACUCGUUAAUCGUUAUCAAUACCCAUACUCGUUAUCAACCA